CCUACAGCACAGGAUCUCGUCUCGGAAUAAAUUAUAAACCAAAUAAUACCAAUGUAACAGAUGAUAUGGUAUCAUUUUCGUCGCGCGACGAGGUCAAACGGAGGGCGCAUCUCGGAGAUCGACGCCGGCGAUGCCAGCGCGCGAAGCAGUACGGGAGAAGCGGCGCCGGCGAGCAGUGCGGAGGAGCGAAGCCGGCGUCCAAAGUACUCCGGUCGACGGACGGAGGUCCGUAGCAUAGAUUUUUCUUAUUUAAUUUGGGCUCCUCGGGCCGAAUCGCAAGCCUGCCCGAGCCCGUCCACCAGCUACGGCCGCGAUGGCGGAGCAGCGCGGCGCCGGCGAACGGGAGGCCGCGGCGGAGGAGAUCCUGUGGAGGGAGGAGGCGCGGAGGUUCGAGACGCCCGACGGCGAGGCCUACCUCCAGUACCGCCUCCUCGCCCAGCCGCGCUCCUCCUCCUCCUCCUGCGGUGGUGGCGGCGGCGCGACGGCGGCAGCGGUGAUGGACCUGGUGCACACCUACGUGCCGGGGAGCAAGCGCGGGCGGGGGCUCGCGGCGCGGCUCUGCGACGCCGCCUUCGCCCACGCGCGGCGGCGCGGCAUGCUCGUCCUCCCCACCUGCUCCUACAUCUCCGAGACGUACCUCCCUCGCAAUCCGGCGUGGAACGAGCUUGUUCUCACGGACAAAGAACCCAAACCCAGCAGCAUGUAGAACAAACAAGUAUAUAUAUUUCAGAGCCAUCGCGAAUGAUAUAUUCCAGAGCAAGUAUUAUCACUUCAGAACCAUUUGAGGUGCAAGCCAGAGGUCUAAACGCCGGUGCUUGCCAGCAACAGCCAAAAUGCAAUUACGUGCCUCUAGUCUGGCAAUGCGAAUAAUCAUCACUAAGUUGUAACUCCAGAUUUGUUGUACAAUAAUACCCCGGACAUAUCCCAAUAUAGGGCUCCAUUGUUCUGCAGUUUACAACUGCUUAUAAGCCAAAAUUUAAAUUUUAGAACUUAGUUUUGAACUUGAUUUA